AUGACUUAAUAACUGUCUCAUUAGUGGGCUGGGAUGGUUCAGAAAUAAAUGGCUGAGAAAGUGCUAAAUGAGAAUCAAUAAAAAUAUGAUUAAUAGUAGAGGAAGUAAAGAUACAAGGAAGAAUUGGAAACAGACAUGAAAUUGAAAUAAUAAUAAAAAAUAAUUUAACAUCAAUAAGACUAGCAGUUAGAAUCUUAGAUGUUAGAAACUCUUAGGUAGAGAGAAUCUAAGAAAUUAAAAGAAAUGGAACAAAGAAAAAUUAAACAAAUUGAAACUAGUUUAGAGAAUCUCAAUCAUUUAUUAAUUCGAAAAAAAAUGAACCAAGAGAGAUCAUAUCAAAGUUUAUUACUCGAAUAAGAGGAUAUUAAGUAAGAAAAAUUAAAAGAAAUCAAAAGUUUAGAAAGAAUCAAAAUUCUCAAAGAUGAAGAAUCAAGAAAACUACGCGAAAAUUAUGAUUCUGUCAUUCAAUAAAAAUUGAACCAGAGGUAACAAAUCAAAUCGAAGUUAUUAAAAGUAUAAGAAACUGAUCCCGAUCAAUUGCUUCAAGCUUAGAGAGGAGAUGCAUAGUCAUACUAAAAUGAAUUAAACAAGUAAUUGGAGGAAAAGAAACGAAAAAUACUAGAAAUUCAAGCCAAAAAACAAGAAGAAAGAUUAAGAGUGGAAUAAAAAAUUGCCUUUGAAAAACAGAAGAUAUUAGAAAACAAAUUAAAAGAUUACAAUAUGCAUAAACAGUAUGAAAAUGAGAAUUAUGAAUUAUCUAACUAAAGAAAAUAACUAGGCCACAAUCCCUCCUUAUAAUCAUACAACAUUAAGCUAAAUGAUAAUAGUCAACAGAAAUUACCUCAAAUAUAUUCAGAUAAUUACUAAGCAUAAGAAAGGAAUAAAUAAUUGCAUUUGCUUGAUUAAGACAUGUUAAAAUAUUAGAAAAUGUAAUAACAACUAUAACAAGAGUAGACUUAUAAUCCAAACUAAAUUUCUAAUCAAAUUUUGAAACCGCAGCAACUUGCGCAAACACCAUUGAAGACACCGCUCUCGUAAUCAUCAAAACAAUCAAAAUAAUCAAAGAAAUCCAAAUAAUUCAUAAACCCCAUACAUCAAGAGGGUCCUGGUUACUCAUAAAUACAUCAAAGUAAAACCUAAACUCCUAAAUCUAAAUAAUCAAAGAAAUCACUACCUCAACCAAUUGAGAUUACAGAUUCCUCAAACCAGUAAUCAAAACCCAAAUUCAAAAAUUACAAUAUAUUGACAGGAAUUCUGCAUAUAUAAUGA